CUAACUUCUACCCAAUCAAUGGCUUCUCUACCAUGAUCUGCAGCAAAAUCGCUAUCCGGCAGUUAAUUGUCUUAGCCUCCCGGCUUGAAGUUUUAGAGAGAUGUGCUCUCCUGAGAAAACCUCACUCCUAUCCUAGGAGAUGCUUCCAUGUCACAUCUUCCCGCCUCACCGACGGUGUAUUCCGCGGUCUCACGGAUGACCGUCUACCCAUGUCAUGGAUCGAAGCAUGGAGACUCCAGCAAGAAGGGAAGAACAUCGCUUCUGACGAGGCUCGGUCGCAGGAGCGCGAUCUCACACCUAAGAAAAUGAGCGAUAGCUACCACCGAGUUGUGCUUCCGCUGGGACGAGACCCGUGGCUUAGUGAUACAUAUAUCAACUCAUCGGGUCAAAUAAGGUUAGGUACGAUAUUCAUGGACCUCGAUGCUUUGUCCGGCAUCAUCGUCUACAAACACACCGGACCCGGCGUUACUGUUGUGACUGCCGCUCUCGAUCGUAUCACUAUCGCUCACCCGCUGACCGAGAUAUGUGAUCUCGAAUAUAGCGGGCAAGUAACAUACGCAUCUGGGAGAAGCAGCGUAGAGAUCACAUGCAAGGUCGCCAGGGCCAGGGACGAAGGCGAGCCUAGCAAGCCUGAAGACGUGCUUCUCACGUGCACUUUCACGAUGGUAGCCCUAGACCCGACGACGAAGAAACCCGUCAACAUACCGCGUCUCCUCGCCUCCACGCCUUCGGAAGAGGUGAUCUUCAAAGCCGGAGAAGCCAAAGCCCUGGCCAAGAAAAAGAACCUCAAAACCUCCCUUCUCGAGACGGAACCAAACGAUCCCGAAUCAGCCCUAAUCCACAAGAUCUGGCUACGGCAGCUCGCCUACCACGAUCCUAAUAACAGUAUCCGGCAGCCGCCGAACGUGAUCUCUAUGUCUAAGACCCAGCUCUCGACCGCCUCGAUCAUGCAGCCGCAGUACCGCAACCGGCAUCAGACUAUGAUUUUCGGAGGCUUCCACCUGAAACAGACGUUCGAGCUAGCCUUCUGCUGCGCGGCGAGUUUUGCGCACGCACGGCCGACGUUUAUCAGUGCUGAUCCGUGUACAUUUCGCAAUCCGGUUCCCGUCGGCAGCGUAUUGUACCUAACGGCUACUGUCGUGUACACGGACCCGUCGCUGUUAGAGGAAGAUGGCAGCGAGCCGCAGCAGAGGGAUCCGAAGAAUCCGAUGACGCGGCUGCAUGUUAGGGUAGAUAGUAAGGUUCGGGACGUCGAGCAUGGGAACGCGAAGCCAACGGGCCAGUUUAACUACACGUUCUUGGUGCCAAAGGAUGUUAAGGUCUUACCUCAUACAUACCAGGAGUACAUGAUGUACAUUGAUGCAAGGAGGAGGGUGCAACUUGGAGAUGUAGAAGAUCGCCGAGAGCAUGUCACCGAAUUGUCGACUGAGAACGUUAACCUUACCGAGUGAAACACAUACUAUUUAAUUCCUAAUUGUGAAGAAUAGGUGCGAGCAAUUUAAUUAUAAUGACUAUUGGCCUUAAGAAAGUUGCCAAGGUUGAUCAAAGUUAAGAAUCAUUAGAUUUUGGUCAUAUAAUAUUAUAUAGUGAAUGGUGAUACUUAUGUAGAUAGGU